GGCACAGCAGACGCAGAAGCAGCAGCAGACAGAGAAUCAGACAGAGACCUCGCGUUUCUUUUUUCUCUCACACACAUACACGCACGCACACGCACACACACACACACCAGCAUCUCAGCCACAACUACGGCACCGCUGAGAGCUUAGAGGGUUCUGUACAGGACUGGACCACUUCAACACCGGCGUGACAUUCAGCGCAAUUGUGGAAAAGGAAAACUACUUCUGAAUAGGUUGUCUUUUGUUGAGACCAGAGGGUGGCAUUGAUGUGAGACAAACGUGAUGUUCAAGUGUCUGGCAAUGGAUGACAGCAAGGAGAACUCAGUAUAGAGCUUACAUCUGCAACAUGGUUCAGCAAAGGUGCCACAAAUACCCAACAGCCAUGGACAGUGAUUCGACCCAAGACGUGUAUGUUGGCCUGGGGGCUGAGGAUGGAGAUGAGGUUUUUGGGCACACCCCUCCCAACAAAGACCCAAACUGGUGCAAGACCCCAUCUGGGCACAUCAAGAGGCCAAUGAACGCCUUCAUGGUGUGGUCCCAGAUUGAGAGGAGAAAGAUCAUGGAGCAGUGGCCCGACAUGCACAAUGCCGAAAUAUCCAAGAGGCUCGGAAAGCGCUGGAAAAUGCUACCAGAUUACGAGAAAAUCCCAUUCAUCAAGGAGGCCGAGAGGCUCCGGCUGAAGCAUAUGGCCGACUACCCCGACUACAAGUACCGGCCUCGAAAGAAAAGCAAGAGCUCCACGCCGGUCAAAAUCGGGGAGAAAGUCCCAACGAAGGGUGGCAAGUCAUCCCAGCGUUCCAACUCUUUCACCAGCAAAGGGCUCAAGGGCAAACCCUCCUCCUCUUCCUCCUCCUCUUCCUCCUCCAGACACAAAGUGAACUUCAGCAGCAAUAAGUUCAAGUGCUACAGCCCGAGUGCCAGCGAUGACGACACAGUGGAUGUAAAGGGGACCAGCUCGACCGAGCUAUCGCAAGGCGACCCCAGCCGGACCAGCCUGGGCGUCCCCCACUACCACAACCACAACCACCAGCAGCAGCCGCAGCAGCCGCAGCAGCAGCAGCAGGCUCCCGGGAUCCCCCGGCGGGACCAACCCCCUGCCUCCCAGCUCCAUGUCAGCCUACCCAUCUCCUCCUACCCUGGGGGAGCGAGCCCCAGCCUGUCCCCGGACAGCGCGUCCCAGGGAGCACUGGACUCCCGGGCCCACCAGGAGGCGCGCAGGGAGUCCCACGCCGGAAGGUCCUCCUCGCCCACCUCCACCAGCUCCUCCUCCUUCGUGUCAUCGACGUCGUCAUCAGCCUCGGCCUCGUCAGAUGAGGAGCUCGACGAGGAGAUUCUGCAUAUCAUCUCCAACGCCAACUUUGACAGCAUGCCAAUGGACUGCUCCUCCCUGGACAAGGACUUUGAGGCAUUCCACACCAACUCAGGAUCCCACUUUGACUUCCCCGACUACUGCACCCCGGAGGUCAACGAGAUGAUCUCUGGUGACUUGCUCGUGCCCAGCAUCUCAGAUCUGGUGUUCACCUACUGAGAGGUCCAGGCCAAGGUGACUUCUUUGUUUUGUUUUCGUCUCUCUGUUUUGUUUUGUUACUUUGUUUCUGUUGCCAUCAGACCUGCCUAUAGUACUUUUCGCACAUACCCCGGUCUUGGGACAUUCUUUCUUUUUUUUUAAGUUCUUCAGAACUUCUGGACUAUUACUUUAGCCAUUGUUCUUUCUUGAUGAAUUCCGUAAGUGCUAUAGCUUUCUCAUUUCCCAGCAUGUCACAUCUUGUGGGCUUAGCCAGAGGCAGCACAGGGCUUUGCAAAGCCUUUUACUGGAGUUUAAAUAUUCAGACACUCUACAGGUCCCCAAAUCCCCUUACACACACACACACACACACACACACACAAACACAUACAUUACAUACAAAUCGAGGACUGAACCGACAAAGUAAUGUCAGGUUAAGAAAAGUUUAGCACUAUCAAGGUGUGAUUUUGAGGGACAGUUAAAGAAGUGUUCUCCACAAACCCACUGGUUCAAGGCUGUGGCUUGAAGAGAGCAAGGCAAUAGAAGGCUCUAUUGACUUGAUGCCAGGGUGUAAAAUAUUUGAAUCUGUAUUUAUGUAUAAAAAAAAAUGUCAAAGAACUGUGACAAUAACAAGGGACUGGACUACCCGGACAGUAUUACUGCUCUUAGCUCAACUAAUGUCUGGGUCGGAGUGAAUAGUCCACUGAAAGGGAUCUUUUUUUAAAAAAGAAAAUGCUCAAAGUAAUUGCAUCAUGCAUUAUUUGAUAAUGUUGUUUUUUCCAGUAAGGUUGAGAGUAGGAAAUAGGAAAUGAAAGUAGUCUAAUAAGGGAACGCGUUGUGUGUUGAGGUCAUUAGAAACUGCAGCGCUCGCCAGGCUUGUGCUGUAAUGCCAGCGAUGCAGACCCACACAGUGAGGAGAAGAGAAGUGAA